UGAUAAUGGGAAUAAUAGUAAUGUUUCUGUAGGUUUAAAGGCAGGUAUGACUCAGUCUACUUUAGAGUUGCUCAAGGAAUUUGCUAAAUCAACAAAGGAAAAAAGUAUAACUGGAGCAAAAUCUGAUGAAGAAGUGCUUGAGGAAUCGGAGAUUUUACCUAAUGAUGGAUAUGGCAGUGAUGAAUCUAUUGAUUUCUUAGCAGGAAUGGGUAAUUCUACUUUAGAAACUAUUAACGCAUAUGCUAGAAUACUAAAUGAAAGAAACAAAAUCGAAAAUUCUGAAAAAGAAGCAAUUGCGGAAUCAGCUAAGAUUUUACCCGAAUCUGAUGAUGAAGGCAUUGUUAAACAGAAAGUUAGGUCUAGCGUGCGGAGAAGUCGAUUCAUCAUCAGUGAUUCUGAAGACAGUGCUGGAGAGGAAGUAGAAACUAAGAUCACAGAACCUAAAACUAUAGAGAAUUCUGUGCUAUCAGAUUGUGAGGAUUCAUUUGUAGCAAGAAAAUCGAUUGGUAACGCAAGUCUUGAUUACAUACCAGCCACUCAGGAUGCUUCAUUUUCACGGCCUAGUGAUGUUGCUUACAAGUUAGGAUUAAGUCGUGUUCAGGAAUUAUGUGAAUCCGGUGAUAUUUCUGCUUUGCAAAUAAGUACAACAGAAAAAGAUGAAUCAGUUAUAAACGACAGCACUGUAGGAGAAAAGGAUAAUAUGCCAAAUGAAUCUCUACAUGAUACACCCAGGAAAUCAUUUGAUAAUGAAUCUCAAGAAUUUGUUGUACAAAAGGUCAAUUCUAAUGUUGUUCGCGAUACAGAAUCAACUGACUUUCUUGUCCCAACUCAACCAAUUUGUAAACGAACUCGGUCGUCAGUUGGCUUAAAUUCGUCCGAUUUAAUACCUGCCACUCAAGAUGUGUGCGAUGAUGUUGAUUUUGACGCUCCCACACAGCCUAUACUUAAAACUAAGCCAGGUGUGGUUCAAAAUGGUAUGGUUGAUGAAGAUGUAGAUUUUUCGGCACCUACUCAACCAAUUAUUGCUUCUGAAUGUAAUGCGUUGACUUUUGAUAACGAGAGUGAAGUAUUUUGCAUGCCUACUCAACCUGUUGCGGAAUUUGCAAAGUCAAAAAAAGGAUCACGAAAUUCGGGUAAUACCAGCAAACUUACUCAAUCAGAGAAUUUUGAUUUUGAUGCACCAACUCAGAAAGUGUGUGAUAACGUUUUUAACGCUGAAACGCAGAACUUGAAUGAUGAUGAUUUUGAUGCCCCCACACAACCAUUAGAAGCUCCUGCACUUUGUGCAGAACAAGAAAAAGAUGAUAUUGAUUUUGAGGCCCCAACGCAGCCUAUAAUACAAGCAGCUAAAACGGUUCCAGUGCCACACAUAGAAGAAGAAACUGAUUUUGAAUCUCCCACUCAACCGAUAAUGCGCAAUGAUAAUGAUAGCGUCAUUAGUGAACCACAUCCAGUUAUGAAAAGAGUUCAAGAAAUUGAAAGUCAACUGGAAGUCUUGUUUGAAACGCAAAAUGUUACCCUAUCGACGGCGGAUAGCUCAAGGCCAACAAAUCCUUUAGCAAGUUUAAUAGAAACAUGUUCCACUCAAGAUGUUAUCAGUAGUUUAACUGGAGGAGGAACAAAACGCUCAAGUGAUGAAUUCGACGUUAAUGGCCAAUCAAAACGAGCUAAAACUUCGGAGACUCCAAAAGCGAAAACAACAAGCAAACUGAAAAGUAUUGAUACGCCUGAAGUAGAUAAUAGUCGAAAAUCCACUAUCAAAGAAAUGGAUGUAACAAAUUUGGAAACGAAUAGAAAUAAGUCGAUUUUAGACUUUUUCGGGAAAGCAAGUUCUACCAUGAUUGAAAAUAGCGUAAACGGCAAAGUAUCUUCCAAGUUGUCUAUGAUUAAGAAGCAAAUUGCAACUGAUGUGCUAGAUGAAAGUGAACAUUCGGUAUCUAAUGUUGAGGUUGAAUGUUUGGCAGACACAAUCCCAAUGGUAGCAAUGGAGCACAUUGAUAUUUCGAAAGAUUCCAAAACAGUGGAAGAUCAGACAUUGGCAGGGGAUAAGACAUUCGACACUACUGCAGCGAGGAAAAAAAAGCGGAAGUUACUGGAUGAAGAAACUAUGUGCUCCAUGCCCACCCCGGAACCUGUUAAGACGAUCGAUCUUACGGACGACGAUAAAAAGGAAAUUAAAUCGACGGAAACUCCAAAGGCAUGUAUUAAAAAAACAAAAGCCACGGCGAAAACUAACACCACUAAAAGAAAUACGCGGCAAACACGCGGUAGUGUCAGAUUCGAAGAAAGUUCUGAUGAUUCGGAUGAAGAGUGUAAAGUUGUUACAAAGAAAACAAGGGGUAGGCCACCAACAAACGUUCGUGCAAGUACCCGUGCUAAGAAGAGUGUUAAUUACAAGGAAAAUCACGAGAAAUCUAAAUCAACUCGUAGUCACCAGAAUAAUUCUUCAGAUAGUGAGAAGGAGGACAAACGAAUAAUUAUAACUGUUCCAGAGAAACAAAUUAAACUCGUGAUUACUGAUGAGGAAGACUUAAAGAAGAAAGAAAUUAAAUCUGAUAUUAAGAAAGUGAGUCGAUCUUCGAAAAUUAAAGAGGAAGUAACUAUGUCACCAGAGCGGAGCAAACGAGUUACGAAACCGAAGGUUAUUUUCACGAUGUUGGAUGAUCCAAAACUUAAGCAAAUUGUUCGGUCCCUAGGUGGUUCAAUUGUGGAGAAAAUUGCCCAAAGCACUGUUCUGGUUACGGAGAAAGUGCAACGUACGUUGAAACUAUUGUCUGCAAUUGGUAGAUCAAUACCAAUCUGCUCUCCAGAGUGGUUGAUGGAGUGUAAGAAAGCGCACGCUUUCCUAGAUCCGUGGGACUACCUAAUUAAAGAUCCUGAUGCUGAGAAAAUGUGGAAGUUCAAAAUUGGACAGACAUUGGAAAUGAGUAAGCGCUCCAAGAUAUUCGCGGGCAUUCAAUUUUUGUUAGUUACUACUUUAUCGGUGGAUGUAAUCAAAGGUGGAAUUGAGGCAAAUGGCGGCAAAGUGGUCACUCGCAAACCAGCAAACGACAAUUUUAUUGUUGUCGGUGAUGCUGCGCACCAAUCCAAGUAUGCAACCUACUUGAAAAGUAAAGUGAAGGUUGUAUCGGCAGAAGCGAUUCUUGUUGGGAUUUUAAGACAGGAAAUCGCGUUCGAUGAGUUCGCAUUGAGUUAAAUGGAUGGAUCUAUUUUAUAUUAUAACGUUAUUGUAUAUGUAUUUGUUAUAAAAAUAUCUUUGAUUAUAUUAAGGAUUGUGUGCCCAAAUUGGAACCUAAUUUAAUGUGCUUCUGUGCAUUACUGAAUUAUUACAUUUUAUAUUUUAUACAAAUAAAUAUUUAUUUUGUAGCUUCAAA